GUCGAGUCGCGUCUCCCGAACGGCCUGAAGCACAGGCUUUCUGCAACUUGACUUUCACGCUUGAAACAUUCACCACUCGAAAUGUCUGACAGUGAGGACAACAUGGCCCCCGAGCCACCAGUAAUUGAUCCUUAUGAGGUGCUCGGCCUUGAGCGCACCGCGACACCCGACCAGAUCAAGAAAGCCUACCGCAAGGCUUCCCUCAAGACCCACCCAGACAAAGUCCCCGAGGAUCAAAAAGAAGAGGCCACGUCCGCUUUCCAAGCCAUCGCCUUCGCCUACGCCAUCCUCUCCGACCCUGCCCGGCGCAAGCGCUUCGACGCCACCGGCUCCACCUCCGAAUCCAUAGUCGACUCUGAGGGCUUCAACUGGUCUGACUUCUACCGGGAGCAAUUCCAAGAAGCCAUCAGCGAAGAUGCCAUCAACAAGUUCGCCGCAAAGUACAAGGGGAGCGACGAGGAGAAGGACGACAUCCUGGUGGCGUACGACAAGUACAAGGGCGACAUGGACAGCAUCUACGAGACGGUCAUGCUGAGCGACGUCCUGGUGGAUGACGAGCGCUUCCGGCGCAUCAUUGACGAGGCCAUAGAGAGCGGCGACGUCAAGGCUUACAAGGCUUACACCAAGGAGAGCGCCAAGUCGAAGCAGGCGCGGGUCAAGGCCGCGCAGGGUGAGUCGCGCGAGGCGGAGGACUACGCCAAGGAGUUGGGCGUUCAUGACAAGCUGUUCGGCGACAAGAAGGGUGGCGCCAAGGGCAAGGGCAAGGGCAAGCAGGCCAAGGGCAAGGAGAAUCCGGAGGACGCCCUGGCCGCCCUGAUCAGCAGCAGGCAGAAGGACCGCGGCGAGGACUUCUUCGACCAUCUGGCGGAGAAGUAUGGCGCCAAGAAGUCGGCCAAGGGAAAGAAGAAGAAGGCCGUGGAGGAGGAGCCUGAUGAGGCUGCUUUCCAGGCUGCUGCUGCCAGGCUUGGUAAGAAGAAGGCAUCAGAGGAUCCUGCACCGAGAGCAGUGAAGAAGUCGAGGCGCUGAGAGUGCGCGCAAAGGCGGUCGUACAUGUUCGGUUUGGCGUUCACGGAAGGGCGGUACGGAAUUACGGUCAUGUCUUUCUGGGUAGGAAGGAAACGGUCUGGGCUUAAAAGACUAGAUACUCUGGGAGUGAAGCUGGUCAUAUCCAACAGGACCAUGCAUACGCAAUUUCAGCACAGUUGUAAUGCCGACAUGCAAGUCACACAAUCCAAGUACUUGCCCGAA